UAACUGCCAGCGGGUUGUUCCGGUAUCAGGGCUGUUCGCUCCCCAGACUUCAGCUGCUCCCUCUCCGUCAUGGCUGCUCCUCUCCGCGCGGUGGUCUCCGCUCAGUGGCUCGCUGACGCCAUCAAAAGCAAACUUAUCGGCCCUAAACUCCGCAUCCUGGACGGCUCCUGGUACCUACCGAAGAGCAAGCGGAACACCAGAGAGGAGUUCAACCAGAAGCACAUCCCCGGAGCCUCGUUUUUCGACAUAGAUGACUGCUGCGAUAAGAGCUCCCAGUAUGACCACAUGCUGCCGACCUCCAGCGACUUCUCCCGGUAUGUGGGAGACCUCGGCAUCGGGAACGACACCCAUGUUAUCGUCUACGACACCAGCGACAUGGGUUCGUUCAGCGCCCCCAGAGUGUGGUGGAUGUUCCGGGUGUUCGGGCACGGCUCGGUGUCGGUGCUGGACGGAGGGUUGAAGAACUGGCUGGCUGAGGGUCACCCGGUGACCUCCGACUGCAGCAAGCCGGAGCGGAGAGACUUCCAGGCGGAGCUCAAUCAGUCCUGGGUGAAGAGCUUUGAAGAUGUGAUGGAGAACAUCAAGACCAAGAAGGUCCAGGUGGUGGAUGCAAGGUCUGCUGGCAGGUUCAGAGGAACUGACCCGGAACCCAGAGAAGAUAUACAGUCUGGACAUUUUCCCGGAGCGAUCAACAUGCCCUACACAACUUUCCUGGAUUCUUCUGGAAAGCAUCACAACACUGAGGCUCUGACCAAGCUCUUUAAAGAUGCUGGAGUGGACCUGGAGAAGCCCAUCUGGGCCUCAUGUGGUUCCGGAGUCACUGCGUGCCACAUUCUUCUGGCUGCCGACCGACUGGGGCGCGCUGAUCUUUUUCUCUAUGAUGGCGCCUGGGUUGAAUGGUUCAAAAGGGCCUCUCCAGAUUUGAUCAUUUCUGAGGGGAAGGGGAAGAAGGAAUAAAGUGGAUUUGGGAUAAGUUUUCUAUACAUAUAAUCUGUUCUGUUUCCAUUUAAUCGAGUGUCAUGGAAAGGAAGAAUAUUACACUACUUGAUAAAAGCUCACAUAUAGUGAUGUAUGAUUCAACUUUGAUUCUGAAGUGAUUAAAAAUAAAAUGUUAUCUCUUCAUGCAA